AUGGCUCUAAUCCGGAUGAACACAAGUGUUCUGUGCUUGAUGGCACUUUUGAUGGUUUCAACCACUUUUUUGUCGUGUGAUGCAUCAGGAAGGAACAUAGCGACUACUAGGACUAUAGAUGCAAUUAUCUCUAGUGGAUACCAGGAACCAUAUGAUCCUUCCCCUUGUCCAAAUGUUAACGCGUGUGAUCACUACUGCAAGCAAGAUGGCAAGGGAAGUGGCACCUGCCGUAAUGGCGCAUGUUGUUGCUCCAAACGUUUGUAG